CACCUGCCAAACACGUCGUCCAGGAUGCAGCCCGUCAAAAUGUGGCAAGGCGCGAGGGCUCCAGAGGUUCAAGAAGAGGACAUGAAGCUUUUCUUGCCUAGGUAUACUUGAGAACCUCCGUGGACCCACCCACAUUCAAUCUAUUGUACCCAUGGUACCCCUCCUCGAACACGUAUCGCAUUGUCACAGCCACACCACGAACAUCUAUGUUCAUCCUCACUGGUACCGCCCUAAAUCUAUUGCACUAAUAUUUACCAUCUAAUAUGAAAGUCUGCGGACUCUACUAUGUGGCCGGACAGCCCCCCUCAAGCUCGGCCCCGGGCUCUUCAACCUUCCAAGAAGUAGUGUCUGCCAUCCACAAGAGGUACACCAAAGCAAGGCCUCUUCCCCCCUGGAAUCUGGCCCACAACCUCUCACGCUCCACGCCGGCCACCUCCGACGACCCCACACCCCGAGCAUACCAUCACGCCCUCAAUCUGAGCUUCCAUCCCGGAAAGACCUUCCUAUACAUCCACCCUCCACCUAUUCCCGGUGUUCCUAUGAGGCCCGGCCCUGGUAACGCCGUCGUGGCCAUUCCAGCCACCCAGACCGAAUCCUUCAAUAAUCUGCUCUCCACAAAAUUCUCUGCGCUCUGGACGCCGAAACAGUCGCUCAGCAUCCGUGACGGCCAUGCAUACGGGAUUGGCGAGCUGAUCAUUCGAGUGGGGGAGGUGAAAUCGGCGAAAGGUGUGGGAGGUAACCCGCCUGCGUUGCACGGCGUGGUGGUGUACAUCGGGAACCACGUUGGCGACCCCAAUGCUGCCGACGGCAAAUUCGCAUCGACCAUAUCCUCGGACAGAAAGGUGGAGGAUGCAGCGAAGGCCGUGUCCUCGGAAGAAGAGGUGAAGGAGGCAGUGACGUUCGUGCAAGAGAUGAUCAAAGAGGUGUGGAAGGGUCUAGAAGUGGCGGGAGGGCUGAAAGAGCCGCACAAGGAGAAAUUUGUUCAGUAUGAAGGGCAGGAUGAGUGGGAGGCAGCGGAGAUGGAAGUGAGAAUGUGGUGUGAUAUUUUGAGGCUACGGGCUUGAGCAUUGCUCUCGGGGGGACUCGAAUUGCUAGGCCGAGAGAUCGCUGUUGUGGCCAUUCGAAACAAACACAGAACUUGGGAGUGGAAAGGUGGUGAGAAUUGCCGGAUUAGUCUACGGACAGCCAGGCAGAUUGUUUUAAAAGGACA